UAAUAACUCCGUCGAAGAAGAAAAAGGGCGGAAGUUGGCAUGUUUCGACGACAGCGAAAGACAAAAAGAGCCACGACCACGGAUUAUUAAGUCAAAAAACAUCCAAAAUGUUGAAAGAGUUGGUGCAGGAGCGACUAAUGGCGGCGGCUGAUGAAAUAUUCGCGCUGUUUGAACGAACGAUAGCGUCCUACGAGGAGGAACUUUCUACAACCAGAGAGGAGAAGAAGCGACAUCGACAACAACUGGAAGCUGCUAGCAAACCCCACAAUAAAGGAAAAUUGCUGUGGAAAUGAAAGUUGGAUUGUAUUCUUCAAUACCGCCGCGAGAUGGCAGCAGUGUGACGUCACGAAGGCUUCAGCCCCGGAAGAAGAAGAAAUGCGGAAGUUGGCGCCUUUCAACUGCGACAAAAGACAAAGAACGACGAAGACGAAGUUUGAGUUGAAAAACAUUACAAAUGUUGAAAGAGUUGGUGAAGGAGCGACUCAUGGCGGCGGCCGAUGAAAUAUUCGCGCUGUUUGAAAGAACCAUCGCGUCGUACGAGGAGGAACUUUCUCGAACACGAGAGGAGAAGACUGUUCACAAUGAAGGUGUCCGACAGCUGAUUGAUCGUCAGGAAAAACGUCCCCCUCGGCCGGGGGCGCGAAUCUCCACUUUAAAUGAUGAGGAUCCACAGCCCCCCCACAUUAAAGAGGAAGAGGAGGCGUCGCAGGAGGAAGAGUUCUUGACCCCUCGGUGGGGAGACUGUCUUCCUGGCUUGAGGGAGGCUGAUCUCACCAAGUUGCAACGGACUGUGGUCUCCAUGAAGACUGAAGACCCAGAAGAGAAACCGCCUGAGUUUCAUCACAGUCCGUGUGAGGAGACCAGAGGGGCGGAGCCUCCAAGCACCAGCUCACUACCACACAUGACAACAGACCUGUGUGGAGCGCCGCUGUCAGACAGCGACGACACAACAUCACACUUUCCUGACGAUGAAGAACCUUGGAGCAGCGGCGCAGACUGUGAAGGUGACAUCAGGACUCAAACCGACAACCCACACUUCAAAUGUUCUGAAGAGACCGGUAAAAAAUGUUUCAACUGCUCGUUUUGUGCCAAAGAAUUCCCGAUGAUGUCCAGUUUGACUCAACACAUGAGAACGCACACCGGAGAAAAACCUUUUAAUUGCUCAGUUUGCAGUAGCACAUUUUCUCACAGGUUCGCUUUAAAACGACACAAGAGAACUCACGCAGGAGAAAAACCUUUUAGUUGCUUCGUUUGCCACAACAGGUUCACUCAAAAGGACACUUUGGUGAAACACAUGCGCACGCACACCGGAGAAAAACCCUUUAGAUGUUCAGCUUGCGACAACAGAUUUACUCAAAAGGCCACGCUGGUGAAACACAUGCAGACGCACACAGGAGAAAAACCCUUUUGUUGUACAGUCUGUGGUAAAAGAUUCACCCGUAAGUCAACUUGGGUGUCGCACAGGAGAACACACACAGGAGAAAAACCUUUUAGUUGUUUAGUGUGCACAAGCACGUUUUCUCAAAAGUCUGCUUUAAAGAUACACAUGAGGACGCACACUGGAGAAAAACCGUUCAGUUGUUCAGUUUGCGGCAGUAGAUUCUCUCACAGGUCGGCUUUGAAAAUACACGCAAGGACACACACAGGAGAAAAACCUUUUAUCUGUCUGGAUUGCAGCAGUACGUUUUCUCACAGGUCUACUUUAAAAAUUCACAUGAGAACACACGCGGGGGAGAAACACUCUUAGUUGCUCAUGUUGUGGCCAUAGCUUUUGUCUUGAAAACGGCUUAAAAACGCAGCUUUUAAUUAAAAAAAAUUUAAAAAAAACUUACAUACACAAAGGAUAGUAAACAUUUUCAGACAUAAUUUGUACUAAAAGAUUCAAGAAAGAACAAAAAGAAACGACAAAUAAGCAGCAGUUACUGCAUUCAGUAGUCUGCGCGAUGCAAGUCGAGGCAGAUGGCCGCCCUACCCUGACUUAGUGUUGUGUAUUUCCUUUCCAAUUCUUCCUCUUGUGGGGUUUUCUUUCCUUAAAUUCUGUCAAGUUUGGUCGGAACCUUUAUAAGCCACACACCAGAAAUCAAACAAAAGAUGCAUUAAAAGUAAUUGUCUGAUUAUUGUUUAGCAGACAUAUCACAUGCAAGUAAACACAACUGUUUGUGUUAUUUUGUGUACUUUGUACGCUGUGCUAAGAUAUGUAUUAUAUUCUUAGUAGCUAACGUUGUUUUCUGUAUACAAAACUGAUUUUAAUCUCAAAUAAAUCGGUUUGGUGU